AGGCUGAUGAGGGACUURGAGGAGAAGGAGAAAGAGCUGAACAAACUGAAGCUGAAAGCAGAUUCUCUCUUGAGCAACAAUCAUCCUGCUUCAGAUAAGAUUGAGGCCUACAUGGACACCCUGCAGACCCAGUGGAGCUGGCUUCUCCAGAUCACUAAAUGCAUCCAUGUUCAUUUGAAGGAGAACUCUGCCUACAGUCAAUUUUUCAAGGAGGCGAAUGAGACUUACACAAAGCUUCAGAAACAACACGAGACAAUCCGAAACAAAUUUGUCUGCGACAAAAACACCCCGACGGAAAACCUCACUGAACUCCUGAAAAACCUGGAGACAGAGCAAAAACGAAUCAAGGAGAACAAGAGACAGGUCCAGAGUCUGGUCAGCAAGUCCAAGUCCAUUGUCAGRCUGAAACCUCRUAACCCUGAGGAGAAGACCAGCGGCCCCAUCAUGGUUCAGGCUUUAUGUGACUUCAAACAGGACCAGAAGGGAAUAUUAAAAGGGAACGAGGGCAUUCUGAAGGACAACUCACGCAAAGGGGGAGAAGUUCAAGUGCAUGAAGAGGUGACGACUACAACUAUAAGUACAGACACCGACAAUAAGGACGCCCAGGCCCAAGUGGUCAAAGAAAAGGCACACACUCAGUCCACUUCCACUUCAACAACUUCCACUUCAGGGCCUUCUACCUCUACCAAGACCACCAUCAGUCUCUCACUGCUUAGCAACCUGCAAGAAAUUCGACGCCGGCUGGAAUCUGCUGAAUCGGGACUCAACAGUCAUUUCCACGUUCCUGUAGGCGACAACAGUGUGCGCAAGUGCACCGAGUACAUUCAGGAACUGCAAGGUGUGCAUCAAGAUCUGGGGUCAAUUCACGACGAUUACCUGAGGCUGAGAGAGAUGAUUAUAAAGCAGCUAAAAGGGGURCCUGCAGACUCAGAGCAGGCCAAGUUCYUGCGCUCUGAAYUGGAACUCAUCAAUAAGAAACUGGGAGGACUGAAUGGUCUAUACGAAGCCUACAUUCAAAGACUGUCUGCUCUGAAGGUUUUGCUUCAAAACCUUGUUCAGGCUGAGGAUAUCAUUAAAGUCCACGAGGCUCGUCUUACUGAGAAGGACACCAGCUCCCUGGACCCCAUAGAACUGGAAAACCAUCGGAGCGCACUGAAGCACAUGAAGAAUGAACUGGAGCAAAGACGUGACCUGCUGACWUCUUUGGACUCUGAGCUGGCUAAAGCUCAGCACUGGAACAGUCAGAUUUCUGAGCCCUUCCACAAGUGYGAUGUUGAUUUGUCCAGGUAUUCCGAACUGGUGAACCAGAUGGGUGAUCGCUGGCGUCGCAUCCAAACACAGAUUGAUAGCAGAAUGUGGGACUUGGACAAACAGAAGAAUCAUUUAACGCAGUAUCAACAGAACAGAACUUCCGUGGAGCACUGGAUAGACAAUGCCAGGAAACGCCAGGACUCCCUUCAGAUGGUUAAAAUCAAUGAUAUUCAGAUGCUGAUGGAUCACCUCAACCAACAAAAGGCUCUUAACAAUGAAAUUAAAGGCAAGAARGAGAAAGUAGACACUGUGCAAAGAAAUGCAGACGCCUGUGCUGCAUCUAUAAAGGACUAUGAGCUGCAGCUUGCUUCGUACAGUUCAGGACUGGAAACUCUGCUUAAUGUUCCCAUCAAGAAAACUGUGCUGCAGUCCCCCGCUACUGUGGUCAGACAAGAGGCUGCUGAUGUCCAGGCUCAUUAUAUAGAGCUACUUACUCGCUCUAGUGAUUACUAUAAGUUCCUGGGGGAGCUGCUGAAGAACAUGGAGGAACUGAAGUUAAGAAACACCAGGAUUGAGAUGUUGGAAGAAGAAUUAAGGCGCCUAAAGGAUGACCUCCAAGAUCGAAAUCAGAAAAAUAAAUCUCUGGAAGAUGCUUUGGCCCGCUACAAGUUAGAGCUUAGUCAGUCAAAAGAUGAACUCAUUACCUUGGAGGAGGUGAAGAGAAGCACUGCAAUGCAAGUUAGUGCUGCCAAGGAGAACCUGGGAACCACACAGAGUCAGAUUCAAGACCUCAAUGACCAGCUGACCCGCAUCAAGUACCAGCUGGAUGAGGAACAGAGGAAAAGAAGGCUUGCGGAAGAGCGCUAUAAUAGCCAGCAAGAAGAGUAUGAGGCAGCUGUUCGCCGCAGACAGAAAGAACUAGAAGAGGUUAACUGGGUGAAGAUUGACUUAGAGAAGGCCGUGAAGGACAGGGAACGGGAAGUUGAGAGGUUGAAGCUGCAGCUAGAAGAGGAGGCAACCCGCCGAAGAAAUGCCGAGUCAGAUAUCUCAAAGGUAAGAACACAGUGCACCCAGGAGAUCAAUCAACUUAAACAGACAUACGAGACAGAGAUCCACGUUACCAAGACCACCAUUCUGCAAGCGUCACAGCAGAAAGCGGAAGAUACAGCAGAUCUGAAGCUGCAAGUUCAGAAACUCACUGAUGAGAAGAGGGGACUAGAGGAGGAAUUCAGGAGACUGAGACAGUCCAUUGCUCUUAUUGAAGGGCAGAAAAAUAAAGCAGAACAGGAAGUUAGUCAGCAGAGGGCCUCGGUGACACAGGAGACAAGGAUCCGCACUGAGCUGGAGGUGCAGCUGAGAACGCUGAAGCAGCAGAGAGAAGAUAAUGAUCUCAAAUUAAGGGAGGCCAACAAAAAUAAUCAGGAAAAGUCCAGACAGAUCAGCCUGCUGACGUUUAACCUGGAAGAAGAGGGAAAGAAGAGGAGGGCACUCGAACUGGAAAUCAAUCAGUUGAAACAAGCUGAAGCUGAGCUGAAGCUAAAGAACACUUCCUAUCUAGAAACAAUCAACAAACUUAAAGUGAUUGAGACGGAGAUCCGUGUCACCCGGGAGGAGCUGGAAAAGCAGACAACUGAGAAAACCAAGAUGGAGGAGGGUUCUGUCCGGCUUCAGAACCGCAUCCGAGAACUUCAAUGCUCUCUGGAUGGGAUGGAAGCUGAGCUGGAGAAGCAAAAGAAGGCAACACAGGAGGAGUUUACUCGUAGAAAGCGAAUGGAGGCCGAGUUGGAGAGAAUGACACAUACCUGCAGAGAGCACACCACUACUAUAACCUCACUGAAAUCUGUUCAGCUGGAGGCCUCAAACUCUGGCAAAAGAUAUGAGCAGGAUAUCAGGGCUCUCCAGGAGGCACUGGACAAGAGCGUGAAGGAUCAUAAAGUCACCAAAGAAGAACUGGCAGCAGUGACAAAUGAACUGAAAACAGUAAAACAAAAGCUCCAGCAAGAACAGGUGCGAAUUCAUGAGCUUAACCAACGYAACGAAAGCCUUUAUAAGACCAUUGAGGAGAAGAGCCGCCAGCUUAACGAGUACACCACAGAAAUUGAAAAGUUGAAGAUUAUGACACAGAACCUGACAAAGGAGAGGCUGAAGUUGGAGGAGGAGCUGAGGAUGGUAAGACAGGAGAGAGAUGAACUGAAGAUGAGCAAAGAUACCAUCAAUGGACAAACUGCCUCACAGAUUUCAGCCUUGCAUGUUCAACUUCAGAGUAGCACCAAGAGGACGACAGAGCUCCAGGUUUUCAUCAAUGACCUGACCAAGGAGAGAGAAAAGCUUAAAAUGGAGAUAGAAAAAUUCCAAAAGCAAUCUAUUGAGACUUCAAUGAUUGUGCAUGAGUCCCAAAGCCAGUACAAAGAGCUGAUGCUGCAGAGGGAUGGUUUGCAAGCCAAGCUCAAACUGAUGGAGCAAGAUAAGAACCGUCUGCAGCGACUGGAAGAGGAGCUGUCUCGCCUCAAGAUCACUCUAGAGACUGAGACUCGCAACAAACAGAGACUACAGGAUGAAAAAAAUGCAAUGGCUAAUGAGUUCAACUCUAUGAAGAGUCGUUAUGACAUUAAAGAAACUCAAAUUAGGCAGUGUGAAUCCGAUAGAGACAAAGCUGAUCGAGACAAUAUGUCAUUGAAGAAUGAGAUUGAGAGGUUGAUGAGGGAGCUGAAAAGUGUUGAGGAGCGAUACAGGAGUCGUCUGUUAAGCUCAGAACGGGAGGUUUCUGAAUUGAAUMUAAAGAGAGAUUCCCUAGAGAAAGAAAUACAGAAAUUAAAGCAGAGACCCAGUACCUUAUGCAAGCAGACCCAGACAGAUGAGGUCUCAACAAUUGAUCCAUCAAAGCUUGUAUUUGAUGGGGUGYGCCGCAAAGUCACGGCUCACCAGCUUUGUGAUUGUGGUGUAAUCAGUAAAACUAUCCUUGAUGAGCUCUUAAAAGGAAAAAGGACUGUGGAUGAGGUAGCAGUGGACAUCCAGCUUAGUCUGAAGGGUACUGGUGUUAUUGCUGGAAUGACAACAGGGUCCCAAGGGAAAAUGCCAUUCACUGAAGCCAAACACAAAAAUCUCCUCAGCCCAGAGAGUGCAAUUAAGCUCCUGGAAGCUCAAGCUGCAACAGGCUACAUAAUGGACCCUGUUUUCAAUGACAGGAUGCCUGUAGAUACAGCUUGUUCCAGAGGGAUUGUGGACACAGAAGACAGAGAUGUCUUGUUGACAGCUGAAGCAGCUAGCACAGGUUUCAAAGAUCCGUACACAGGCAAAGUGUUGUCUGUGGGACAGGCCUGCAAACAUGGUCAUGUAGACAAAGAAACAGCCAUCAGGUUGCUCCAGGCUCAGGAGUCUGUUGGAGGCAUUUUGGAUCCAGUUCUGAGUGUGUUCCUUCCAAAAGAUCUGGCCUUGGACCGCAGUCUUAUUGAUGAAGAUCUCUAUAGGGCCCUAAAUAAAAAACCAACCUGUUACCUAAAUCCAGAAACAGGAGAGAAAACCACUUACUCUGACCUUAGAAGGAAGUGUACAGUUGAUCCGGUGUCUGGUUUGCUUCUGCUUCGAGGUCCAGAAAAGCACAUGACAGUGAAAGGUAUUCGUGGCGAAGUCUCUGUCUCAGAGCUUAUUAAGGCUGAACUACUAGAUGAAACUGACUUGCAGAAGCUUAACCAAGGGAAAAUCUCCUGCAAAGACAUUGAAGACAAGCUAAAGCCCUAUCUCUAUGGCUCUACCUGUAUUGCAGGAAUUUAUGAUGAGGCCAAUGACAGAAUAUUGCCUUUUUAUCAUGCAAUGAAGGAUGGUCUGCUAAUGAGAGGAACCACCCUGGAGCUUCUUGAGGCCCAAGCUUCAUCUGGCUUCGUUGUUGAUCCAGUUAACAAUGUUUUCUUGACAGUAGAAGAAGCCACAAAAAGAGGUCUUGUGGGGAAUGAGUUUAAGAAUAAGCUGUUGUCUGCAGAAAAGGCAGUAACUGGUUACAAAGAUCCAGCUACAGGGAAGAUAAUAUCCCUUUUCCAGGCUAUGGAGAAGGAUCUCAUUGAGAAAGGCCAUGGAAUCCGGUUGCUUGAGGCUCAGAUUGCCAGUGGUGGAAUAAUUGACCCAGUUGAGAGUCACCGUAUUGCUGUUUCGGUUGCAUGCAAAAGAGGAUAUUUUGAUGAGGAGAUGAAUGAGAUCUUAAGCUAUGAAGGAGAUGACACUAAGGGGUUCUUUGACCCUAAUACCAAAGAGAACUUGACCUAUCUUCAACUGAAGGAAAGAUGCAUCACAGAUUCUAAAACAGGGCUAAUACUCCUGCCACUCAAAGACAAGAAGAAGGCCCAAAAGGAGAGUCGCACAAAUGUCCUCCGCAAGAGGCGUGUCGUAAUUGUUGAUCCAGACAGCGGACUUGAGAUGUCAGUCAGGGAAGCCUAUCACAAGCAGCUAAUUGACUAUGAAACUUUUCUGGACUUGUCAGAGCAGGAAUGUGAGUGGGAAGAGAUCACCAUCAAGGGUUCAGAUGGUUCCUCACGUUUAGUGAUUGUGGAUAGAAAAACUGGAACCCAGUAUGACAUUCAAGACUGCCUGGACAAAAGGAUCAUUGAUCAAAUGUCUUUUGACAAGUACCGUGCUGGAACAUUAACCUUGACAGAGCUUGCUGAUCAAAUUACCAGCAGAACCAGCUGCAGUGAAAUGACCAUUGCAGCCAGCAACAUUGAUGACAUGGUCACUUGCAGCAGCCCCACCCAAGCCGCACCAUCUUCUCCUACUGUUCGUAAACGCUUCAACAGCAUCUCUAUUACAGUCUCCCCACCAGGAAUGUUUGAUGACCAGAGCCCUGUGGCGGCCAUAUUUGACACAGAGACCUUGGAGAAGAUAACWAUUCCUGAGGGGCACAGAAGAGGCAUCGUUGACACCAUUACAGCCCAAAGGUURCUGGAGGCCCAGGCUUGCACAGGUGGUAUCAUCAACCCGGCAACUGGUGAGCGACUGUCGCUUGAAGAUGCUGUCCAUCAGAGCAUUAUUGAUGAAAGCAUGGCUGCUAAGCUAAAGCCAGCUCAGAAAGCUUAUKCUGGUUUUGAGGAUUUGAAAACCAAAAGAAAGCUUUCUGCAGCUGAGGCAGUAAAGGAGUUGUGGUUGCCAUAURAGGCUGGCCAGAGGUUUUUAGAGUUUCAGUACCUCACAGGAGGCCUGAUAGAGCCUGGCACUGGACGUCGCCUCUCCAUUCAAGAGGCACUUCGUAAAGGAUGGCUAGAUGGUCAAGGUGCGCAGAAGCUGCAGGACAUAGAAAACCACCAGAAAAACUUGACUUGCCCCAAGACKAAACUCAAGAUCUCAUACAAAGAAGCCAUGGAUGGCUGCAUGGUGGAGGAAAGCAAUGGUAUGAAGAUGUUGCAGGCAUCCUCCAUAUCCAGCAAGGGAAUAAGCAGUCCUUACAAUGUCUCAAACCCAGGGUCUCGCUCUGGUUCUAGAGCCGGUUCCAGAAGUGGAUCUCGUAGAGACAGUGUGGAUUA